AUGGCAUCGAAUGCUAAAAUUCGUGUAACAGUUACACUUCAACCAUCAGGAAAAUCAAGUGUUCUCAUUGUUCAAACAUUGGAUGAUCUUCUUCGUCAAUGUUCAUCAAAACUUCGUGUUAAAGCACGUCGUAUUUUCUUAGCGUCAACAGGAGAAGAAUUAUUAACAGAUUUAUCUAAAGUUUCAAAUGAUAUGAAAUUAAUUGUUACAUGUGGUGAUACAUAUACUGUCACUAAUCCACCUUCGACAACACAAACAAAUUCAAUAAUUGAUUCAUCUAAAGUUUCUGUACAAGUUAUUGCAAAUCGAACAUUAGUUGAACAAGAAGCUAUUGAUCAAUUGAAAAAUGUUGCUCGAAUUUAUCCUCAUGUGAAACAUAUUUGGGGCAUGCCUGACUUACAUGUUGGUCAAGCUACACCUAUUGGUUGUGUAGUUGCUACUGAACCAUCUGUUGUUUAUCCUGAAUUAAUUGGUUCUGAUAUUGGUUGUGGUAUGAGUUUUGUUCGAACAUCAUUACGUCUUGUAUAUGAAGAUGAUGAUCGAAAAUUAAGUAAAUGGACAAAACAAUUACAAGGUCUUGAUGAUUAUUUACCAAAAGAAAGAAUAGAUGAAUUUCUUCAAUCUGAUCUUCAAUGGCCUACAACAGUUAAUAAAGUUAAUAUUGAUCAUAGCGAGAAUGAACAAUUAGGAACAAUUGGUGCCGGUAAUCAUUUUGUUGAAUUACAACGAAUUGAAGAAUUAUAUGAUGAUAAAGAAGAAGAUCUAUCGAAAGAUUAUCUUUAUCUACUCGUUCAUUCUGGUAGUCGUAGUUUAGGUGAAAGAAUUUUACGAGAAUUUUGUAAGGGAAAAGGUGAACUACGUGGACUUGAAAAAGGUACAGAUGAUUAUGAUAUUUAUAUGAGUAAACAUGAUGAAGCAUGUGCAUGGGCUAAACGAAAUCGAGCUCUUAUUGCUCAACGUUUUCUUACUUGUCUUGGUCAAAUGACAACUUCAGCACAAUGUCUUGUUGAUAUUUGGCAUAAUAAUGUUGUAUUAAAAGAUUUAUCAUCCGAUAAUAGCCAAGUGCAUCUUCAUCGUAAAGGUGCCGCACCAUCUGAUACAGGUCGUGUUGUUAUACCAGGUAGUCGUGGUACACAUUCCUAUCUUGUCGAACCCAUUGAUCAAAAUCAAGAAUCAUCAGGCUACUCAUUAGCACAUGGGGCUGGUCGUGCAAUGUCACGUUCUAAAGCACAUCAACGUUUUAGUGGAAAAUAUCCAGAUUCAGAUCGAUUAAGAAUAACUGAAACAUUAGAUUCACAUGUUGUAUGUGAUGAUAAACAAUUACUCUAUGAAGAACAUCCAGAAGCAUAUAAAACAAUUGAUGCUGUUAUUGAUGAUCUUGUUGAAGCGAAAUUAAUACGCGUUAUUGCAAAAAUGAGACCUCUAAUUACAUAUAAAACAAGAUUAACACAUAAAGAAUAA